AGAAGCAAACUGAUCUUUUGAGUCAUGGAUCAAGAAGCCACUGAAUCCUAUCAAGCUCAAGCUUAUUUGUAUAAGCAUAUAUUAAAUUAUGUCAGUUCAACGUCACUCAAGUCUGCUGUUCAGCUUGGAAUACCAGAUAUAAUCCACAACCAUGGCGAACCUAUCACUCUUUCUGAAUUGGUCUCGGCUCUUCGCAUUGAUCCAACCAAAACUAGUUGCAUAUACCGGCUGAUGCGGGUGCUGGUGCUCUCGGGCUUCUUUGCCACAAUAAAAGUGGAUAAAAAUCAAGAAAAGGAAGCUUAUGCUCUCACACCUUUUUCCAAGAUACUUGUCAAAGACAAUAUCAUUUGCUCAUCACCCCUUGUUAUGGUAAUGCUUGAUCCUAAUGUUUUGAAUCCAUGGCAAUUCUUAGCAGACUGGAUACAAGGAACCAAGCAGCAGGGGCCAUUUGAGAGUGCAAAUGGGAAAACAUUUUGGAAGUAUAUGGACCAGGACCCAGAAUUCAGAAACCUUUUCCAUGAUGCAAUGCAAAGUGAUUCUCAAUUGAUGAAUUUGAUUGUUAAAGACUGCAAGCCUGUUUUCGAGGGCCUGGGUUCAUUGGCUGAUGUAGGGGGUGGUACGGGAACGCUAGCCAGGGUUAUUUCAGAAGCUUAUCCCCAUUUGAAAUGCACAGUGUUCGACCUCCCACACGUUGUGGCUAACUUGCCAGCUACAGCUAGUGGGAACUUGAAUUUUGUUGCAGGUGAUAUGUUUCAGUAUAUCCCUUCUGCAGAUGCCAUUCUAAUGAAGCUUGUUUUACAUGCUUUCGGCGACGAGGAUUGCAUAAACGUACUGAAGAGAUGCAGAGAAGCCAUCCCAACACAGGGUGGAAAGGUGAUUAUCAUAGAAAUUGUGAUAAAUGAGGAGAAAGAUGAACGUGAAUUAACUGAAGCAAAGCUCUUCUUCGACUUGACGAUGAUGGUUGCAGCUACUGGAAGAGAGAGAACUGAACAAGAAUGGGAAAAAUUAUUCAUUGCAGCCGGUUUCAGUGACUACAAAAUCACUCCCUUAUUUGGUUUGAGGUCCCUCAUCGAGGUCUACCCUUAAGUUGGCCCAAAAAUCAUAGAUGUUGUUUAUCAUUUUAUGUCUGCAGAAAUAAAUCAUGUGUUAAAGCGUGAUUGAAUAUCACUCUUGAACAUAAUCACGUGUUUUGACUUUAAUUAAUAAUACUUGUUAUGCUAUAUUUUCUA